GCGGGGUCGCCUCGGAGCCGGGCCUCUCCCUGUCUGCCGCCUGCCCGCCGUGCGAGCCGGCCAGCGAGCGAGCAGCGCCGGGCCCCGGCCGCGCCUUCCGCUCCCGGCCCGAGCGAGCCCGCCGCCGCCGGGCCCGGCCACAGCCUGCAGCGGAGCCCUCGAGAGUCAGCGCCAUGGCGGAGCAGACUUACUCGUGGGCCUAUUCCCUGGUGGAUUCCAGUCAAGUGUCCACAUUUCUGAUAUCCAUUCUUCUUAUAGUCUACGGUAGUUUCAGGUCUCUUAAUAUGGACUUUGAAAAUCAAGAUAAAGAGAAAGACAGUAACAGUUCUUCUGGGUCUUUUAAUGGCAACAGCACCAACAAUAGUAUCCAAACCAUCGAUUCUACCCAGGCUCUGUUCCUUCCAAUUGGAGCAUCUGUGUCUCUUCUAGUAAUGUUCUUCUUCUUUGACUCAGUUCAAGUAGUUUUUACAAUAUGUACAGCAGUUCUUGCAACGAUCGCUUUUGCUUUUCUUCUGCUCCCAAUGUGCCAGUAUUUAACAAGACCCUGCUCACCACAGAACAAGAUUUCCUUCGGUUGCUGUGGGCGUUUCACUGCUGCUGAGCUGCUGUCAUUUUCCCUGUCCGUCAUGCUCGUCCUCAUCUGGGUCCUCACUGGCCAUUGGCUUCUCAUGGAUGCUCUGGCCAUGGGUCUCUGUGUCGCCAUGAUCGCCUUCGUCCGCCUGCCGAGCCUCAAGGUCUCCUGCCUGCUUCUCUCAGGGCUUCUCAUCUAUGAUGUGUUUUGGGUGUUUUUCUCAGCCUAUAUCUUCAAUAGCAACGUCAUGGUGAAGGUGGCCACGCAGCCAGCCGACAAUCCUCUUGACGUUCUAUCCCGGAAGCUGCAUCUGGGGCCCAACGUUGGGCGUGAUGUCCCUCGCCUGUCUUUGCCUGGAAAACUGGUCUUUCCAAGCUCCACAGGUAGUCACUUCUCCAUGUUGGGCAUCGGCGACAUCGUGAUGCCCGGCCUCCUGCUCUGCUUCGUCCUCCGCUACGACAACUACAAAAAGCAGGCGAGCGGCGACUCCUGCAGCGCGGCGGGACCCGCCAACAUCUCCGGGCGCAUGCAGAAGGUCUCCUACUUCCACUGCACCCUCAUCGGCUACUUUGUAGGUCUGCUCACCGCCACGGUGGCGUCUCGCAUUCACCGAGCCGCGCAGCCCGCCCUCCUCUACCUGGUGCCCUUUACCCUCCUGCCGCUGCUCACCAUGGCCUACUUGAAGGGUGACCUCCGGCGGAUGUGGUCCGAGCCGUUCCACUCCAAGUCCAGCAGCUCGCGCUUCCUGGAAGUAUGAUGGGUCGCAGAGAAGUUGACCAGAUGGCCACCCUAGUCCUUUUCUCAGCGCGUGGUUUUGUCUCCUCUUAGAGCUGGCCUGGUACUCAGACACGCCUGCUUCAGGAACUCCCGGGGCCUGGCUUUCGCACUGAAAGGAGCCCGGUGGCCGGGGAGAGGUGGAGCCCGCCGGGCUGCUCUUCCUGCCGCCGAGGGGCAGAGCCCUGUGGGAGCCACAGGCCCUCCCAGCGCUCCCCGCCCCCCCUUUUUACGGAUCUGCACCAGACUCUUACCUUGUGGGGGAGCCGGAGAGUUGACUCUAAAAACCGGACCCGGCGUGGAGUCGGUCUGGAACUUGUGAACACUACAGAUGGAGAGCGAGCAGACCGAGGCUGCUUCAGGGACCGGCUUCCUGCGGGGACUCCGUUUCAGAGACCUAGACAGAAGCUCUGCUGUCGUUAUACUCUACUUUUCCUUUUUUUGGAUUUAUUAAAUAUUCUCUGUGGUGUGAAGUGACUUAUUAAAUCCACAGACGUUGAGUGACUUCUUACAGCAUACGCAGAAAUGUGUUGUAACGAGUUCACGUCCACUUGAACAGGGCACGGUUUUUAUACAGACCUAUAUAUACACGCGCUUAGAUAGCUAGAGCAUGUCCCCGCCGCCGGCCUGCCCUGGACUGACUCGGGACCCCAGGGACUCUCCCGUGGCUCUGGUCCGCGCAGCAGAUUAGGGAUGAGAAGUUCAGCUGCCUGCCCGCCUCCCCUUGUUUUCUUUUCCAGGCUUCUCCUCGCAGGGUUUUAAGUAGUUUUCUUCUUGAACCAAUGCAUGUAUGAUAGCAGCAGGUGUCUUUGUGCUUCUGAUCAUAGUAAUGUACUACUUGUAAAUACAUUUUUCUAUUUUAUAUUUUUUUGUAUUUUUUUUUUUUUUUUUUUUGGCAUUUUGUUCCAUUGGUGUGCUGUAUUUUCCAUGCCCUCACUCCUUUAAGAAGAAAAAAAAAAAGGAAAAAAGCAACGCAGUCCUGUCCGUGCUGUGGUUCUGGUCGUGGUUUACCUGUGGUGACGGCGGGUUCGGGAGCACCUGUCAAAUGCCUUCUCCCCUGCUCUGUCCUGGGGUCGUGGUGAGCCCAGCGGCACCAUGGCAGCCCCCGGCCUGGCAGCCGGACACCGGAAGUGGCCCGAGGACACUGGUCAGCAGAGGCAGAAGGGUCCGCGUGUCUCCCCAGUGUCCCUGCCCAGCGGCCGCCUCCAGCCUGACACAUAGUGUCGCCAGUGGAGCCGGAUGCCGUCAGGGUGUUCGAUUCCUUUGUUGUCGCCUUCAAAUCCUGCUGAGGGUUUGGGUUUUUUUUGUUUUUUGUUUUUUUAAAUAAAAGACUCCUUGC